AUGUUGAAAUUCACAAGUGCGCUGACACGGUGUGCUGACACGGUACCAGGUCAGGGCACGCAUCUGACCUCGGCGCGGGUGCGCCUGGCCGUCCUGACCCUGGGUAGUGCCGGUCUUCUGAUUGUCGACCACAUCCACUUUCAAUACAACGGCCUGCUCCUGGGACUGCUGUUGAUGAGCUAUGCCUGUAUGACCCAGGGCCGCUACCUGAAGUCUGCGCUGUUAUUCACCGUGCUGCUGAACAUGAAGCAUAUCUUCCUGUACUUGGCGCCGGCCUAUUUCGUCUUCCUGCUGGCGCAACUACUGCGUCCGAGUACCGGCCGGCGGCUGGCUGCCACGGCCGCGUCCGGCGCACACCCUCCUCUUGGCCUGGUGGUGCUGGGCGUGUUCGCCGUCUCCCUCGGCCGUUCGCCGCCCUCGGCCAGCUUCCCCAGGUGCUCUCGCGGCUGUUUCCCGUUCAAGCGCGGGUCUGUGCCACGCCUACUGGCCCCCAACUUCUGGGUGCUGUACAACCUGGCCGAUAAGCUGGCCGUGGCCGCCGUGCCGCCCGGCGUCGCCGCCAUGACGGGCGGCCUGGUGCAGGAGACGUCGCACGCCCUGCUGCCGACCGUCCCCCCGACGGCCACCUUCCUGCUAAGCGGCGCCGCCAUGCUGCCGGCGUUGGUGGCUUGCUGGCGGCGACCGGCCGACACAGCUGCCUUUUUGCGCGCGCUCGUCCAGUGCGCGCUAGGCUCGUUCCUGUUCGGCUGGCACGUGCACGAGAAGGCGCUGCUGCUGGCGGUGGUGCCGCUGGCGGUCCUGGCGCUGCGCUCGCAGACCGAAGCGCGCCUCUACCUGCUGCUCUCGGCUGCCGCGCACGUCUCGCUGUUUCCGCUGCUGCAUGGGCCGGCAGAGACGCUGGGCAAGGUGCUGGCCGCGCUCCUGCACGCCGGGUACGCGGCGCACGCACUGCCUGCGACUGGCGCGGCACUGUCGCGCCCCCAGGCGGCCUACCUGGCUGGCCUGGCGCCGCUCGUGCUGUACCACACCGUCGGCCACCGGUUGCUUGGCCUGCAUGGACGCUGGCCGUUCGUGCCACUGCUACUGACCUCGCUCUACUGCGCGCUGGGCGUGCUCUACUGCUGGUUGGCGCUCUACCGGCACAUGCUGUUCCGUGCCGACGUCGGUCAGAAGGUCAAGCAGCGGUAGGCGGGUACCGUGCGGGCAACGCGGCGAGGA